AUCAGUGACAGACCGUUACCCUACGUCACUAUAGCCGACCAAUAGGAGCCCUAGAGCUCAGCGUGUGACGUCACCAUGGAGCGGACUCAGCGGAGCGUCUUAAUGUCAUCGGGUUUAUCCUCAUAAGGUCUCUUUAAUGGGUUAUAUUUUGCAAUUUUUCUAGUCCUUCCAAAUAUUGUUAAUGUGAUGAUGAAUACAUCCGAGUGAACAGUACAAAUGACUGGAUCUGAAAAGCCUAUAUGGUGAUUGCCUUGACAUCAAAGCAGCGAUAAGGAGCCCUGUGGUUAUCAUAAUGAUGAAUAUUCCUCAAACCAAGGGGCGUUGCACCGACCCUGUGGGGACAUGACCAUCUACCUCUUGGCCUUGUGAGAGGCAUCUCAAGGAGACUCCACCAUGAAGGGCCUCGGUUCCCCAGGUGCCUUUUGCACGGGGAUCCUGGUGGGGUGUUGCAGUAUGUACCUCGUUCUGCGCCAGGUGUGGUUUGAGAGGAGCUACCCCGUGCUGUCGGAGGCGCAGGAAGCGGCUGCUUCAGCUUCAGAAGCAGGCGUAGGUGUGACGCCAGUUGAUGAUGAUAUGACACACUGGAAGAAGGAUGGAGACGCUCUGAUCAACUUGCUCCACCCUCACCACGCAGGCGAGGACCACCUUGUAGCUGAUAUGCUCUUCCAGAAGGUGCGCGUCCUCUGCUGGGUGAUGACAGGACCUUACAACCUGCGCUCCAGGACGCGCCACGUGAAGGAGACCUGGGCGCGCCACUGCAACGCCGUGGUGUUCAUGAGCUCCGCGGCCGACCCCCGCUUCCCCACGGUUGGCCUGGGUACCAAGGAGGGCCGCGACCAGCUGUACCGGAAGACCAUCCGCGCCUUCCACUACGUCCAUGAGCACCACUCCCAUCAGGCCGACUGGUUCCUCAAGGCGGACGACGACACGUUUGUGGUGGUGGACAAUCUGCGCUGGGUCCUGGCCAAUCACACGCCGGAGGAGCCCGUCUACUUCGGCAAGCGCUUCAGGCCCUACGCCAAGCAGGGCUACAUGAGCGGCGGGGCGGGGUACGUGCUGAGCAAAGAGGCCCUCAGGAGGUUUGUAGAGGGCUUCCGCACCAGCGUGUGCACACACACCACCCCGGUGGAGGAUCUGGCCCUGGGCCAGUGUCUGGAGAAGAUGGGCGUGUUGGCCGGAGACUCCAGGGACACGCUGCAUCGGGAGACCUUCCACCCGUUUGUCCCUGAGCACCACCUGACGGGCAAGUUCUCCAAGAGCUUCUGGUACUGGAACUACUGCUACUACCCCAUCGUGGAGGGGCCGCGGUGCUGCUCGGACCUGGCUAUAUCGUUCCACUAUGUGGAUGCAGAGCUGAUGUACACCCUGGAGUUCUACACCUACCACCUGCGAGCCUACGGCUACAGACCCCGCUACCAGCCCCCUGGGCCCCGGGGCCUGGUCCGUGGAGCACCUCCCCCAACAGGGACCCCCCCGCUCCGACUGAAUGGCACGGAGAAGGAUCAGGCAAAGAAGAACAACAGCAGGUCAAUGAGCCACACGACUUCAGACUUCACCGGCGACGGGAGUCCUGGUAAAACAGAGGCAAUCUCAGACCGAGUGGGGACGGUUCAGAAUCACUGAGUUAGCGCUGCUGGUGCACAAUACACAAGCCGAAAGACGCACUUCAGAAUCACUUCUCCCCUGGCGACGCAGCGCGGAUGAAGACACACCAGGAACUUUGAUCGACUGCAAAUGGACAUUGAAGAACUUUUGACCGAAAUUGAUUUAGCUAAAUGCAAUUGUGAUAUUCCAUGCAAUGAGGUGUGAAUCAACAGUUUGUGGUCUAUAGUGAACAAGACUAUCAGUCAACAAAACUUUAUCUUCUUUUGUUUCCCAACAGCCGCUGACAGUUCUCAUGAAGACAGGGUUCGACGGUGAUGUCCUGGAUAUAUCAGGAUAGAGACAUUCGUGUGUGUGUGUGUGUGUGUGUGUGUGUGUGUGUGUGUGUGUGUGUGUGUUGUGUGUGUGUGUGUGUGUGUGGGUGUGUGUGUGUGUGUGUGUGUGUGUGUGUGUGUGUGUGUGUGUCAACUCUAACUAUCCUAAACAAAAAAUACGUUAACUCCUCUCUUGAUGGACAUCAAUUUUAACGAUCAUGUAAACAUUUAUCUUGAUGCCUUUUGGAUAUCCUAUGGAUAUACAGUUUUUAUAAUUGUCAGAAACCUUUUACCCACACCCAAUUUAUUUGUGUUGUGUUUGAUGCUUAAGUACAAAAGGUUUUAGAUAGAAUUAUUACCAGGUCAUAACACCUUAUCUGUUGAAAACAUUGCGAACAAUUUCACAGGAAGGAUUUAGCUUGUGUUCCAUAAUGUGAGCCUCUUAUGAAGAAAGCAAGCUCAUCAAUGAAUAUGGUUAUAUCUAUUUAACAUAUGGGGGUAGAAGAAAAUGUGACGCGUUAAUAACCACAACGACUUCCAUCUGACCCGAGCUAACAACCUUUGUUGUAAUAAUGUUUUGGCGUAUAUACAUAUGAUAUAUCAUGAAUUGCUCUUAAGUCCUUCCAAGAUAUUUUUGUAGAUAAAUGCUUUGUCAGCAAUUUCAGUAGUGUUAGUAAAGUGAGUCAACACGAUUGCAUUAUCAAUAAUCAAACAAAAUAUCAUAUUCCAUUAUUUACAAAAUGGUUUAUUUUAAUUGCAUGGAAUAAGAUAAAUAAAUUAAUUCGAUUCAUGUUUCAAUUCUAAACAACGCUUGUUGUUCAGAUCAUUCAUAUAGGCUACAAACAUGUAACACAACAGCAGCCAUAAACAAUCCGGAUGGUUGUAUUGUAAAAUAUCCCGUGCCAUGUUCAGAGACAUUUGCAUUUCGUAUGCUCGGUAAUGAGGUGUCAUCUUAGCCAGAUGAGAUGUACUCUGAAAGGCAGGAUCAAAAUCCACGCCGAAACCUGGAAACAAUGACCACCAAUUAAACAUAUUUUGAUUAUAAUUUAGGCCUUUGGAACAGAUGAUACAAUUCUAGUUCAAGACGAGCAGACAUCUCUGUAACGUUAGCCUAGAGGAAGUAAGACAUUUUAUAAUACGGCAUUUAUUCUUUAAUGACAACACUAUGCCUACCGGAGUCUACACUUAUUCAGGAAGACUCCCCUUCUCUCCGGGUCCGUUUUCCUCCAUGGACCAUCAUCUGCGGGAGCGAUAAACACACCUUCACAUAGAAGAACAGUUUGAACAGGACACAGAGGUCAUGCUUUAUCUGUAACACCUGACCAGUAAAACCAUUAUUAAUUAAGAUCACCUGUCUCUGAGUUUCUCCGUCCCAUAAGACCAACGAAGAUGUCGUGCAUCUCCCCUGUCAGAAAUAUUUGCAAUAUCAUAUCAAUUCAGUGGCUUCGACCAGAAAAACGAAUGUAUUGCAAAAAAUGUAAACCUUACUUUUAUUUGCCGACGGUAAUUCAUUUGCCGCUGUAAUGAUCCAAA